CCUCAGGCAGUGUUCUGGGAGUAUGGGAUACGGGGUAUGGGGACUGCUGUUGCAGGCCAUCAGGCCACUGGAUGAAGAGGUCCCUGCAGCUGAGUGCGAGGCGGCCGGGAUGAAGAUCAGCACCUUCAAGGCUGAGGCCAUGGUUCUCAACCAGAAAUGGAUGCAUUGCCGUCUUCUGGUGGGGGAUGAGUUGCCGCCUCAAGCGAAGGAGUUGAAGUAUCUCGGGGUUUUGUUCACGAGUGAGGGAAGGAGGGAGCGGGAGAUCGACAGGCGGACCGGUGCAGCGUUGGCAGAAAUGCUGUACGGUUCUUCUGUGGUAAAGAGGGAGCAGACCCUGAAAGCAAAGCUCUGGAUUUACCGAUUGAUCUUCGUUCCUACCCUCACCUAUGCUCUGGGUAGUGACCGAAAGAAUGAGAUCACAGAAAAAAGAGGCAGAAAUGAGUUUCCUUCGCAGGUGUCUGGGCUCAGCCUUAGAGAUGGGGUGAGGAGCUCGGACAAUCGGAAGGGGCUCAAAGUAAAGCCGCUGCUCCUCCGCAUCAAAAGGAGCCAGUUGAGGUGGUUCGGGCAUCUGUCUAGGAUGCCUCCUGGACGGCUCCCUGGGGAGGUGUUUCAGGCAUGUCCAACCAGGAGGAGACCCCAGGGCAGACCCAGGACACAUUGGCUGGCCGAGGAACGCCUUGGCAUUCCCCCAGAAGAGCUGGAGGAGGUGGCUGGUGAGAGGGAGGUCUGGGCAUCCCCGCUUAGACUGCAGCCCCCCCAAAACCCGCCUGACUCAUUACAGUGAGGUACCCCAACGGAGCUCUGAGCCGGGGAACAGUCCCUCAGGAGUCCAGCAGGAAAGGAGUGAAGCGGUGGUGAGUACCAGUGACAGCUGGGCAGGAGGCACGAGAGCUGGGUAAGGCCAAGCUGACCAGCUCCCAGGGCUGAGAGGCUCUGAACCCCUGAACAUUCACCCAACAUGCACCACAGGCCUGGUGGCUGAGAUGUUUGUAGAGCUGCUCUGGGUCAUUCAGCAGCUCAUGCUGAUGGAAUGGAGAGCUCUAUCGAGUAUGUGUGUGGGUGGCUCUCAGUAGCAAUAGAAGUGGGGCUUUAGAGAACAUAAACAAGGGUUCAUGUGCUUGCCACACUAUGAACAUUCAGCACCAUUAGUUGCUGAUGUGCCAGUGUAGAGAAACGAUCCGUGGUUGCGUGUUCUGGUCAGCAUGUUAAGCAUCAGAUCACUGGUAAUUCACCAGCUCCGCAUCUCAAAGUUAUCAGUGUCAGUAGUGAGUGUGCAUGGGUCGUACCAAAACGAAGGCACAUAUCAAGGUUAUCAGUGUCAGUAGUGAGUGUGCAUGGGUCGUACCAAAACGAAGGCACAAAAGGAAAUGAAGGAAGAAGAGGGUAUGGACAAAAAAUACAGAUGCCCACUUCUGGCUUUUAUGUAUAAAAAUUAGAAUGACGCGCCUGCUGGCUGUUUCACUUCGUAGGGUUAGUUGAAGUUUCAUAUUUAAUCUCUGUUUAAGCUCCAUUUAAUCUGAAGUUGGGUUCAUUUUUUUUCUCUUGACAUCAGAAGUUGCAUUCCAAUAGAGCCAGUGUUUACUUUGCAUACGUUUGUUAAAACUGUUAAAGAAAACUAGAAACUUAUUGGAGUUUAUGCUGGUUAUUGUUAACUUUUGUACCACAUAAUAGCCAAAGUGAAUUCCAUUAAGCUGCUCAUAUUCAAAUAAUUACCAUUAACCCUCCUGGCUUCAUGUUAGCUCCAUACCCAACAUCUUGGAAAAUCACACCCUCACUGUCAUAGUAAGUAUAAGCAAAUGGAUAUAUAAAAUAAUUCAUGACCCUCCUACACCUCAACGAAACGUCUACAUUGUAACCUCUCUGUUGGUCCUUAAUAAAACUGAAUGAGAUUCAAAACUGAGAGUCCGUCCUUUUGAGUGUGAUUUUUAAAUAACAGGGAUUUCCCCCCAUCACCCUAAACAUCAUAUGUGGUUAGAAGGGCAGGGGGGCGGGCGCAGCAUGUUUUAAAUAAUACACGGUAAUUCUGCCAAUGUACAUUUUAAAUACUUAAAAUGGUGGACAGACCAAACUGUUUUUUGUAUUGUACCAAAGGGGGAAAAAAAACGGAAUGAGAGACGACUGGGUACAUUCUCCUGCUGGACUGAAUGGAUUGGGAGGGGCUCAUCAGUAGCUGCUUCCAUAUUCACCCUCGGUCACUCAGGACAGAUGGCAUUCCUUUGCGAUUCUCAUUUUCCAGUGUGAAUUCGGCCAUAGUUCUCAAAAUGCAUUUCUUAUGCACGAGGGAUAUAACACCCUAUAUUAUCUGCUAUGCUUGAACUCUCACAACAAUAGGAUACCGCACCUAAUCUACUGGAUACAUUGACACUUAUGCUUUUGUAUUAAGUGAUCACAGGCAGAGAAAAACAAAAAGGCUCUGUAGUAUUUAAAAAUUAAUGGAUCAGAUUACUACCCAAUAAGAAUAACUGUAACACACCACAGCGAUUUUUAGAUUAAGUGACCUAUGUCUGUCUGACAAACUCAAAUAAUGAAACGUAGAAAAAAACAAAAAAAAAAACAGGCUGAG